UCACACGCCACAGCUCUCUCGUCAUGGCAGAGGGGAAGUGAUCGAGGUUGCCUCGUAACAUAAAUGGCUCGUCUCAGUAUCCGUCAAAGAGAGAGGCCUCGGUGAAUAGAUUGAUUGGGUAUUCCAAACGUCUGCCAACGCGAUACACGUAAAAUACAACGCGGCCAGGACACAGUGAGCCUGCGCUAAGAGCAAAAGAGGAGGUUCCUGAAUAGAGUCCUUUAUUUAUUUCUUUGUUGCCAGUCGCGAAAAUAAUUCCAGCGACACAUACUACAGCACUUAAUUUAUAUUCGUUGCCCGUAUACACUAGAAAACUGGAUAAGAUUACGGUGGCUGCUCGAAGGCCAAAGCCAAGUGGAGGAGGAUGAAGCGGCGCAAUGCGGACUGCAGCAAACUCCGACGGCCGGUAAAACGGAAUCGAAUCACCGAGGGCAUAUACGGCAGCACUUUCCUGUACCUGAAGUUCCUAGUGGUGUGGGCGUUGGUGCUACUGGCUGACUUUGUUUUGGAGUUUAGAUUUGAGUACCUCUGGCCAUUCUGGCUCUUCCUCCGGAGUGUGUACGACUCGUUUAGAUACCAGGGGCUGGCCUUCUCAGUAUUCUUUGUGUUUGUGGCACUUACUUCGGACUUCAUUUGCCUCCUAUUCAUCCCAGUGCAAUGGCUCUUCUUUGCUGCCAGUACUUAUGUGUGGGUGCAGUAUGUCUGGCACACAGAGAGAGGAGUCUGUCUACCCACUGUGUCACUAUGGAUACUCUUCGUGUACAUAGAGGCGGCUAUCAGAUUCAAAGACCUGAAGAACUUCCAUGUAGACUUGUGCCGCCCAUUUGCUGCACACUGCAUUGGCUAUCCAGUGGUGACACUGGGCUUUGGCUUUAAGAGCUAUGUCAGCUAUAAGAUGCGCCUCCGGAAGCAGAAAGAGGUGCAGAAGGAGAAUGAGUUUUACAUGCAGCUCCUUCAGCAGGCUCUGCCUCCAGAGCAACAGAUGCUUCAAAGGCAAGAACGAGAAGCAGAAGAAGCAGCAGCAAAAGGAAUAUCUGAAGCGGACACGCCUCCAGUUUCACAGAACGGCGCCCCUGCCAAUAAAAAGACCUCAGCGCCUUUGCCAGAGUUAGAGUACAGAGAAAAGGGAAAAGAGGGAAAAGGUGGUGGGGAGGCUAAAAAGCAGCACAACAGCAACAGCAUCCUGCCAUCAUCAGUGGACUCUAAACUCCAAGAGAUGGAGUAUAUGGAAAACCAUGUGAACAGCAAGAGACUGACCACUGAACUCGGCAGCACAGAAAACUUGUUGCUUAAAGAGGACAAUAAUUCCUCCUGCUCAUCCUCUUCCUCCUCCUGCUCCAAAAAUUACAAAAACAGCAACGCUACAGCGCUCAACUCCUCUCCCCGUGGGCACAGUGCUACCAAUGGCAGCCUGGCCUCCUCUACGCCAUCCUCCUCUUCCACGGGGAAGAACGACAAGAAGCACAAAUUGGCAGUGGGGAAGGGGACAUCAAGUGGCUCCAACAGGGAUCCUACCGACAACUGUAUUCCCAACAAUCAGCUGAGCAAGCCGGAAGCACUUGUUAGAUUGGAGCAAGAUGUUAAGAAGUUGAAGGCAGACCUGCAGGCAAGCCGGCAGAUGGAACAAGACCUGCGAAGCCAGAUUGGCUCACUUGGCAGUGCUGAGCGUUCAAUACGUACUGAGCUGGGUCAACUCCGCCAGGAGAACGAACUGCUGCAGAACAAGCUCCAUAAUGCUGUGCAGGCAAAGCAAAAGGAUAAGCAGGCUGUGGGUCAACUGGAGAAGAGGCUGAAAGCUGAACAGGAAGCUCGUACCACUGCUGAGAAACAGCUCGCAGACGAAAAGAAGCGCAAAAAGCUCGAGGAGGCCACGGCAGCUAGGGCAGUAGCUCUAGCUGCUGCUUCCAGAGGAGAAUGCACAGACACGCUGCGACGGCGGAUCACAGAAUUAGAGAGUGACUGUAAGAAACUAACCUUGGACAACAAGCUUAAGGAAGACCAGAUCCGAGAGCUUGACUUGAAGGUCCAGGAACUUCAUAAAUACAAGGAGAAUGAAAAAGACACAGAAGUGCUGAUGUCAGCUCUGUCAGCCAUGCAAGACAAGACCCAACACUUGGAGAAUAGCCUUAGUGCAGAGACCAGGAUCAAACUGGACCUCUUCUCUGCACUGGGAGAUGCCAAGAGACAGCAGGAAAUCGUGCAAGGUCAGAUUCUUCAGAAAGAUCAAGAAAUAAAAGAUCUUAAGCAAAAGAUAGCCGAAGUGAUGGCUGUCAUGCCCAGCAUCUCAUACACAACCGACACCAGCAGCAUGACCCCGGUGGCCCCCCACUACUCCUCCAAGUUCAUGGACACCAACCCCUCUGGCUUGGACCCCAAUGCCUCAGUUUACCAGCCACUGAAAAAGUGACCGCUUUGUUCUUUCGCUCCCCCCGCAUUCUCUCUCUCUUUUUUGUUUUUGUUUUUUGUAGUUUUUUUGUCCCACCCCCGACCUCCCGGCCCAUCACCUUUCAAUCUGCUCGGCAUGUCUGCAGCUGAGAAUGUUUUUCUUGGGUCUUUUUUUUCCCCCCUCCCUGCCAGGUCAGAAGGAUGUUGUAUUGUGUGUAGUUCAAACAAAAGAUGGAAAAAAAUUAAAGCAGACACCACAUCACCUUAAAAGUCCCAGUUUUUUUUUCUCAUUGGUGUUUAGUGAAACCUCACAGAUUCAGAGAUGUAUAUCUAGGGUUCAUCUCCUGGCCAUUAAUAAAGUGCAAUUUGGCCCCAGCCCAUAAUAUAUUUAAAAUUUAGUAGUAGAGCAGCAACUGAUGAUUAUUUUAAUAAUCGAUUUUUCAAAAAUUUUAUUGAUGAAUUUGAUGGAAAAGAACAUUUCAGUUUCCAUUCCUUUAUUUGGAAAAAAAAAAUCAUUAUUUCAAAUUGACAGAAGCAUAAAUUCUGAUUCAGUUACUGGUUUUGUCUGUAAUGUAUCAGAAAAUCGGCCAAAAUGUUGAUCAUUGUUUUCCAAAGUGAAAACAAGUCUUAUUUUGAUUGAACACAAAGAUAAUCAGUCUGCUUCCAUGAGGACAACAGAAUCUGAGAAUUCUUACUGUUGAAAAGCUGAAAUUCUUAGUCUAUUGACAAUUUUAAAUUAAAAACUGUAAACGAUUUGAUUAUCAAAGAUAAUUAAUUUGGUAAUCAAUUGGUUUUUGAUUAAUCCUUGCAUCUCUAUAUAUGAGUAUGGGACGGAAUUCCCAUCCAAUGGACCACAAAGUGUACCCCAUGGAUUUAUUUAAACUCAAAGUCGCAAGAAAAAUCAGGGGAAUUCGGUGUAACAUUAGCACAGAUCCAUAUUUACUAUUUUAAGCCACAUUCCGACUCCAAAUAAGCAGUGAUCUAUGCUGCUUUGGCGUUUGGUGGCAAAUUGUUUUUAAGAUGUGUGAGGUUCAAGGUGGAAGUGUGCGAAAACUCUACAUGAAAGAAGGUGACUCUCUAAAAUAAAGACAAGCUCCUCCUCCUCCAUCUCAAUUUAGAACGAGGCAAAAUCAAAAUUUUGAAAGCACUUCAAGUUACGACUACAGUGGCAAGAAUGAGAAGUUGAACACAGGCUAUGAACUAGCCCAAUUGUCUACCGGGUUGUUUUCUGGACCUUGUGUUACCAGAAUCU